AAGGAGAACAAACCAAUUCCUCCUAAGGUUCCCAUAUCCCAGAGAUACCUCUUCACCAAGUUCGACCAGCCCUUUUAUGUUGGUUGCAUGGACACUGAUUUGAUCAGCCAAAGAUACCCCCAGAGAGCAAAUGCUGCGUUGGUUGUGUUGGCAAGAAAUAAAGAAGUGGGUGAUGUUAUCAAAUCCAUGGAUUCCCUAGAAAGACAUUUCAACCAAUGGUUCAACUAUCCCUGGGUCUUCUUAAAUGACAAGCCCUUUACUGAUGAUUUCAAGAAGACAGUUCUGUUACACACCUCCUCACAAGUCGAGUUUGGUUUGGUCUCCGAAAGCUUGUGGGAGUUUCCAAUUAAAAAGAGCAACCAAGAAGAUAAAGAAACAAAAAAUGUAUAUGAGUUUGACGAAUCAAUAUACAAAGAAAGUAUCAACAGUCAAGGCGAUAGAGGUAUAAUGUAUGGCUUAAUGCCAUCAUACCACAAAAUGUGUAGAUUUUAUUCAGGAAAGUUUUACAAGCAUCCUCUAUUGAAAAAAUAUAAAUGGUACUGGAGAGUUGAGCCUAAUGUUCAAUUUUUUUGUGAUUUAACCUACGAUCCUUUUAUUGAAAUGGAGAAAAAUAACAAAAAAUAUGGAUUCACCGUAUUAAUCAAAGAAUUAACUUCAACCAUUCCAAACUUGUUUAGAAUAACUCAAGCAUUUAUCAAGAAAAAUAACAUUCAAACCCAAUCUGCUUGGAGCUUAUUCGUUAAUCAAAUGAAUAAUUUCAAAUUUCCAGAUGCCAAUGAUAAUGAUAAUAGAAAACUAUUACAAAGAUAUAAAAAUAUCAAAGAAAAACAAGAAUUAAUUGAUUCAAUCGAGAACAAUAUUCAAAUUGACCAUUUAGUCGAUAUAGCUAAAGAAGUAGAUAAUGACUCAAAACUAGACCCAAAAGUACUACAGUCAUUAAUCGAUAAGUCAUCAAGAAUUUUUAUACCUGAAAUUCAAAAGGACUAUUUUAAUAACGAAGAAUACAAUUUCUGCCAUUUUUGGUCAAAUUUCGAGAUUGCAAGGUUGGAUAUAUGGGACAAUGACAUUUAUGAUCAAUAUUUUGAAUAUCUAGAUCAAAGUGGAGGUUUCUUUAAAGAAAGAUGGGGUGAUGCACCAGUUCAUACAUUGGCCUUGGGAAUGUUUUUGAAUUUAACAGAUUUACACUAUUUCAGAGAUAUUGGCUAUAAACAUACGACAUUAGGACACUGUCCAUCAAACUCAUUUGAUAAUCAUUUGCCAUAUAAAAUGAAAUUGAAAUCUGAUAACAAGUUUUUGAAUUAUGAUUUGCCCCAAAAAAAUGGCAUUGGAUGCAGAUGUAAAUGUCCCAACGAUCAUAAAGACAUUGAAAAUUCACCUGGAUCAUGUAUCAAUGAUUGGGUAAGAGUUAAUAAAGAC